AUGAUUAUUUUAUUGUUUAUCUUGGCUUCGGUGGUCAGCUCACAUCGCCUUAUUCAAUCUCAGUCACUCCUUAUUCCCAGCACGCCAGCAGCAAACUCUCAGGCUUAUCUGAGAUCAAAUAAUGUCUCGUCGUAUAGUAUUCAUCUAGGAAAUCAAUCUAGUUGUCGCUUCAAAGCUUCAGUCAUCCCAUGUGAAUGUAUAAAAAAAGUUUCGGAUCAAUAUUGGCUCGAAGAACACGGAACUAUUUUAACAAACUUUUCUGUUGUUCCUCCAGAAAUCUUAGUUCGAACACCGUCUAAUCACGAGCUUCUUCAAGAGCUUGUCGUUCAUUUUACAUCGAAGCUAUGUCAAGCGGAACUAUUUGAAAUUCGUUUACAACGACGUCCAUUAGAAACUGCCCCAGGCGAAGAAGUAGCAUGGCAUACGACAUCUUCAUCUUCCAUAACAUUACAUAAAGGAGCAGAAUCAUUCAUAUUUCCAUGCCAAGCCUUCGCUGAUAUUGGGUACUAUCAAGUUGUUCUAUUAUCACAAAACAACUAUUCCGUUACUGGUCAAUCAUUUUUAGUUAAUCAUACUACUGAAUAUUCUCUGUCUCUUCGCAAUGAUAGCAUUUUCCCUCAUUGCUCAUCACAAUUUGAUAUUUCAUGGGCUAUCUCCAAAUGUCCUUUGGAUAAUUUGCACUAUCGAAUACGCAUUUUUGCUGUUCCCGAAGGUUCAGAUGACCAUGAGGAUCGCGUUCAUUACAUUGAAGAGGUUGGCGUAACGAAAGAGCAAAAAUCAAUCUCCAUCAGUUGCUCACAUUUCGAUAUCAUUUAUGAUAAAUACUGUUUUGAACUUGUUUCAAUCAAUCGAAAUUCUUCAACAUUUCAAUUAUGGAAAUCUAGUUGCGUCAGUACUGAACCAGUUUUACGUCAAAACGGCGGCUGGUCGGAAUGGUCGGAUUGGUCAGCUUGUUCUGCAACUUGCGGUUCAGGGAAAGCUCGAAGAUCGAGAACAUGUGAUAAUCCAGUGCCGAUAAGAGGCAAAAGCUGUGUAGGUGACGUAAUGGAAACACGGGACUGUUUAGAGAAGAAAUGUCCUUUAGCUGCAAACUAUCGACUACACACAUCAAAUUGUAGUUGUGGGUGUGAAUUAAAUGGAGAGGCUGGCUCGUUUUUCGCAACUGCCAGUGUACAUGAUAAGUGCUUUGGAAACCAAACAUGGUACUUUAUUCCACACAAUGGACGCACUGUUAUUGAUAUAUCCAUCCAGCAAGAUGAAGAAGCUGAAGGAAAAUUGUUUUUUUUUCUUCGGAAGCCUUAUGGAGAAUUAGUUUGGUUCUCGGGAUCGAACCAUGAGCCAGAUUUUACAUUAAGAACACAUGAAUCUAUAUACAUCGUGUUAUGGAGCAAACCAAAUUCAUCUCGAUCAGACUUCCGUAAACACAAAGGUUUCACUGUAAUUUAUACUGUUCGAGGACCUGAACAACCAAUUCAACUACCGGCAAGGCCAUCAUUAGCUUGCCAUCCGGUAUGUCCGGAGACAGUAAUCAUAUCACUUAUGGGCAUUUUGUUUCUUUUAAUCAUAUUUAUCCCUCCAUUUAUUUGUGCUGGUAUAACUCAACGAAUUCGACGUAAUAGCAGCCCGGAAUUGCCUUUAAUAGACCAAAAAUAUGAGAAUGAAAUGAUACGAUCAGGUAAUACUGAAUGUACUCACGUAAGUUCUGGAGGAAAAGAAUUUAUCGCCAGAAGAAGUAUUGGGAUUCAAUUGAGCGUGCAAAACACACCCAGGCUAACGCGAACAUGCCCAUCUGCUGACUCGCCCCUACCACGCGGCAUGUCUAGCUUAUCAACUUCUGAUGAGCUUGAAUAUGAUUACUAUGAUGGUACAACAAUUCCCGGUUCACUCUUAGCUCCAAUACAAAGAAGUGAUGAGCUUUUAACAGAAAUUGAUAUAGAUCAAAUAAUUCGUCAAUCACAAAUUUUCACUUCAUCUGAAGUUGUUUGUAAGCAAGAUGUUCAUACACAAAUAUAA